AUGUACCAGCCCCCAUGCGCAUAUGCCUGCCGUGCGGCUAUUACCAACCCUCUGAACUGUUCCAUGACCUCACAUCACGGCACGGAUAUGUGGAUGGUCGAGGAUUCUCCCAGUCCAGAGUGCUAUGCGACCAACGAUGCCUUCUUGCAGACUCUGGCAUACUGUCUGUACUCACGCUGUCAGGAAUCAAACUCCACUAUUCAAAAAUACUGGGAGACGAAUGUCGCCGGAAAUGCGCCAGACCAGCCACUGCCCAAAGAGUCUUAUGAACAGGCCCUCCGGAGCAUCACGGCCAGGCCCAAGGUUGUAGUCAACUCUUCCGAGGUGCUACAAUCAGUAUCCCUUAUACCUAAAGAGAUUUACGAUGUCAAUUGGCAGACCCUGUCGGUCUUUGAGAAAAUAGAAAUAAGCCACGAAACAUGCGCCAUCAUCCUGCUAGUCGCCUGUGCCCUCAUCCCAAUCCUGCUCUCUUUCAUUCGAUUCAUCCCCCUCCCCACCUCCCUAACAACACUCAUCGACGCACACAUACUCACUCCCCCCCUCAUCGGCAACCGCCACAACGUCCCACUCUUCAACACCUUCACCAUGCCCACCAGAGGCCAAUCCCUCUUCAUCGGCUACCUCAUUGCCAUCAACAUAAUCCUCUGCUCUGUGGGCUUCUCAUCCGCCAACCCCAGCCUCUGGUUCAAGUCCAACUCCGAGGAGAUCGCCAUCUACGUAAGCAACCGCACGGGUGUCCUCAGCUUCGCCAAAAUCCCGCUCCUGGUCCUCUUCUCCAGCCGCAACAACCUCCUCCUCUGGCUGACUGACUGGUCCCAUUCCACAUUCAUGCUUCUGCACCGCUGGGUCGCUGGCAUCUGUGUUCUUGAAGCAGGUAUCCACGCGCUUAUCUUUCUGCACAUCUACCAUGUCUCCGGGGAGCAUGCCGCGGAGAGUAAGCUGCCGUACUGGUACUGGGGUAUUCUCGCCAUGCUAGCCUUGGCCAUUAUGAUCCCUGCGUCAGCGCUUCCGAUCCGUCGGAAAUGCUACGAGGUCUUCCUGGCAUGGCACGUCGUUCUCUUCCUGUUAGUCAUGAUCGGAUCUUUCCUGCACAUCUACUACCGGUAUGCCUUCCAGUGGGGCUACGAGAACUGGAUCUACACUGGUCUCGCGGUGUGGGGAUUCGAGCGGGGGUUUCGCGUGCUGCGUAUCGCGCGGAACGGAAUUCGCACCGCCUAUGUCUCCGUCGUGGAUGAUGAGUACAUCAAGGUGGAGGUUCCUGGAGUGUCGGCGCAGGGCCAUGUUUAUUUGUAUUUUCCGACCUUGACCUGGCGGGUGUGGGAGAAUCAUCCGUUCUCUGUUAUGACGGAUUGUUUUUUGUCGGCGGGGUCGCCCCUGGUACCUGCUAAGGAUGAUACGCAAGUUGCGAUGGCUAUUGAUGAUAAGCACAUAGCCCAGGAAAGCCCAUUCCGUAUGGACUCAGAAGACACACGCUAUCAACAAGGCCUGCUGAUCUACAUCCGGACCGAAUCCGGGAUUACAAAAUACCUGCGCAAUGUGUCACGAAUCCCAGUACUUGUCGAAUCCGCAUACCAUCCAACAUCUAUUAUCGGCGCAGAAACACGCCGCGCGACAAACAUCAUUGCCAUCGCGGGCGGCGUGGGUGUCACGGCCUUGACGCCAAUCCUGCUCGGUCAUGAGGGGUGGCAUAAGUUGUUUUGGGCGGUGCGUAGCAAGCCGUUGGUGGAUUCUAUGGCUGAAUCGCUGGGUGCGGACCGGUUUGAUCGGCUUAAUGCGGUUGUGUAUCACCAGAGUCGGAUGGAUAUCCCAAGGCUUCUUGAGCGGGAGGUUUCGGGUUGUAAAGGGGCGGAGGUUGUGGUGGUGGUUAGUGGGCCUUCGAGAAUGGCGGACGAGGUAAGGAUGGUUGUGGCGAGGUUGAUGAGGGAUCCGAUGGUCAGGGUGAGGUUGGUUGAGGAGUCGUUUAGCUGGUAG